GUCUAAAGUUGUCUGUGGUUCUUCUGCUGUUAUGCAUUAGUCCGAGACCGGUUGCGUUGCGCGUAAACGCAGAACGGAAAGACGAUGCUGCGCAAGAAGAACCCACAGAUGAUGUUAAGGUGAGCUUUUAUCCAUCUUUCUCGGCAUCUCGGUACCCUUUUCCCUUGUAUUAUCAUGAGAUGCAAGGUAAAAGGGGUUAACAUGGGGGGGCCGAGAUGCAAUCUAGCAGACUCUGGCGAUGGUUCCAGAAGUAUGACACGGUCGUGAAGAUUUCUAGAGGACUUUUAAGAAGGAAGUCUAAGUUUGAUCGUAGUCGGAAUUUGAUGUUAAAACGUCUAAGAAUAUACCAGGAGGACAUCGGGAAGCGGAAGCCUCAACAGUACCGGAACAACUUCAAGAAGCGUCGACAAUACCGGAACAGCAGCAAGUACAAUCCGUGACAAAUGCGUUGAUUCCAGACAAGCAAGUGACUAAUGUUUCAACGUCAUCUAUUCCGAGUUAUGGCAGAAGUGAGGUUCUAUAGUCCAAUUCCAUAACCUAACCUAACAAGAACCUCUGCUCGUGCUAGAAAUCACCAUAAUUACACUAGUCUGUUCAUUCAACUUCAAGAAGCACCGCAGACUCCGAGUUAUGGCAGUGCGAUAAGAUAAAACUCUGUUCAUUCAAGAAGUACCGGAGGACUGCAUUCAAGAAGUGAGCUCUAAGGACGUGUCACGCACGAUUUGCCUCCAGGAGCAAGCAUCUGGCACGAGCCGCUACCCACUGCAACGAACACGGCAGCUUCCUCCACCUCUCUGCGAAGCACUACAAUAGCACCAAGGCCCGGUAAAAGAACUACACGUACUAGAGGUCGGCGAGAGACAGAUACGCUGACAACGGGACGGACAACAUCUGGAGCUGUGGACCCAGCAGAGUCGCCAGUGUUUGGAGAGCAUGAACAUUUGCCUAGCUUUUUCGUAGAAGAUGACAAGGAGAGGACGGCAGCUUCGACAACAGAUGCGGACGUGGGAGAAGAACAUUAUAGUGAAGCUCUUGUCGUGUCUCCAGCACCUCACUGUGCACUAUACUGCAACGGAGACCGGUUGAUUAGUGCACCAGACAAACAUGAUACUGCAACGGAGUGUAGUCCUCGUCCUUCUAGUGUCCUAGUCCUUAGUCCUUCAACAGACUGUCCUUCCAUCGCAGGCGUCGGACUGGCUGCUCCUUCUGUUGCAGUUGUAGGGAAUGGACUACAGUCUCAAGAGGGCCCUCCCCAGGAAGAUGGAGAUGGGGAAGAAGAUACAGAUACAACAGGCAACGGCGUCGAUUCAACUUCCACUAGAAUAAUUGAUAACGCUGCACAAGACUCUUCAGGCAUGAAUCAUGUCGUGCCAGAUGUAGCAAACGAGCCUCCCCUAGUACUCGGACCAGACGGCCCUCCUCUAGUGCAGCUGGAUAGUGAAACUACUGCUUUGCUCUUCAUGAUAGACGGAAUGGCCAAUGAGAUCCCCUUCUAUGGAGAAAAUGAUAUGCCGAGGCUGGUCCCUCGACUUACGAACCUCCUAGCAAGGCGAGCUGCGAGAGCCUUGGUACUACAGUGUCAAUGGUGGACAUUAUCUUAACCGUUUUUUGUUAUAUAGGAACAGCAUAUUCGCAGAGGGAGUUGUACUUAUACUGAAGCACUUAGUUGUUUUUUGCUCGAGUGUUUGAUUUCUUUGGCUACCAGUACCAGGGACAGAGAUUUCUUGUCAUUCUAGCUUAGGGUUUGGGUUUAGGGUUUAGGGUUGGUUUAGGGUUUAGGGUUUUAGGGCCGCAUCAAAAUUCCAGGUGAAGCAGCACCUCGGAAAAGAAGCCGUUCUUGCCAAGCGCAGACCUGUGGCAAAACGUCGACCUUUGAUCGGUCCACGUGUGCCUCGUCGCGGAAUCUUUGGGGACCCACCAGGCUAUGUAGAGCCGGAUGAGGAAUCCGAAGAUGAGGAAUCAUCAGAUGAAGAGGAAAGUGACUCUUCUUCAUCUAGUAAUGGUUCUAAUGGUGGCGAGCAAAAUAGGCUGGUGAGGAGAGGGCGCUUGAACCCUGAUGGCGGAGAUGAUCCCCCUGACGGUGACGGAGAUGAUCCCCCUGACGGUGAAGGGAGUGGUGACGAUGAGGGGAAUGAUGAUGCUGGCGAUGAUGACGCUGGUGAAGAUGGAAACUCAGCCGAGCAGGAUGUUGAUUCCCAAGGGAGUAGCGAAACCACUGAUGGCGGAUCAGAUGACGGCCCAGCAGUCGAAGGUAGAGAAGUUCAGCCGAUGGGCGAUAAUUUUCGAAGCAACCAAGAGAGUUCCGAGGAAAUGACAGAUAAGCUUUUUGGCACUGACACGUAUUUGCCUACAGAAAUACGAAUUGCGAAACAGAGAGCUGUGCGAAAACGCAUGGACCGUGCGCUGAACCGAUGGCCUAUCUGGUACCGCAUGAUGACUCAGCAGCUUCGUGGGGACUCUACAACAGUACAUUUCCGAGAUUCCGUCGGAGAACAAGCACUGAGGUCUUUCCCUACGUUUGCGGAAUUCCUCGAUAUGGAUGUGGACGAAAACGGGGAUGAGCAGUUCAUUGCCACGUCUUCGAGUGAAGAAGGAGGGGAAGAGGAAGAAGGAGAACGGGAAAGUGGCACGGAUGAAAAAAGGCCUUGUGGGUCUUUUUAUCUUAACAAGGACAAGGGAAAGGCGCAGUCGACAACUGAGGAUUACAGGAAAGGAAACGACUCUCCACCUGGCAACCAAACAUCACCAUCCCCUCAUCUAGUAUCGAGUACAUCAUCAACAGUACCUCCAAUUUCCUCGAGACCAUUAGACGCAUUAUUAGACGUUGCAACAAGCCGCGCAAGACCGAUCAUUUCCACUAGUCUAGAGCCAAGAACAGCUCCAACUACUACCUUCAGCACAACCGAUGCUGAGGCAGAUACAUCUGUCACAGGAGGAGGUCGGAGCGGAGUAGAGAAACUAGCCUUGGACCUAUCCGAAGAAGAGCAAGGACAAGGGGAAGAGAGUUGUAGUACUCCCGCUUCACCUUACCCAGUUGCUCAUCCGACAGAGGCAGAGCAAGUAUUAUGGUUAGCUAAUAUAUGUCUUGCAAUUUUAUCAAUACGAAUUUUUCCUCGUAGAAAAGUAACCAAGCAGUCUACGUAGUGCAGAUCAAAAUUGCAGAUCACGAGACGUCCCGAGAGGCAGAUAUUUGUUACAAUCUAAUCCCACUCACCUCUUUUCUAAGUACGGCAAACGAGGCGCCUCCAGAUGAUGAACCCCUGGUGUCGGAGGUUUCUCCCGCGUCGACCCCUGACGCUUCUCCCAGUACUCAGCGGAGUAAGAGAGGAGUCGUGCGUUCACUUAAAAAUAGCAACGAAGAAGGCGCAGAAGGUCAGAUUUUCGAGUUAGAUCCUCUGUUCCGGAAAGUAAGAAUCAGGAUCACAUCUUUCAACGGUGAAGAAAUUUACACCAUGCCUUUGCCCAAGGACGAGGAGGAGGAGGACGAGGAGGAGGAGGAUAGAAAGAACGGGAAUGAAGCUGAUGCUGAAGGUGAUACUGGAGGAGGCCGCAGAGAAGCUGAUGCUGAAGGUGAUACUGGAGGAGGCCGCAAAGGGACUUCUUCUGGACGCAUAGAAAAAGACAAAGAUUCUUCAGGGAAGUCAUCCAGCAAGGACGGCGCAGAAGGGAAAAACCAGACAGCCGAAAGUUUAAGGGUAAAGUUUUUCACCUCCAUUCUUUCCGCGUGGAGGAAGAGACAAAUAAGUAUCGUUUCCGCACUACUCAUCAUCUCUUGUAAAUGAAAAGAAAGGAAUCUGUCUCGGAUUGUUGUCAGGAUGCGUGAUCUCUACGUUAAAUAUUACAGCUCGAUCAAAAACUACUAGUAUGUAUAUCGCUCUAAUAUUAUCCAAUAGGAACGGAGAAAUUAUUUUGGACACGAGCAGUUUCGUGGAUGACCUUUUGAGAAUACUAGAGGCUCGCACACCUAAAGGGCCACGGCGAUGGCUACGGAAAAUUGUGGAGCCAGUGUCUGGGAAGACGCUAGAAACAGAACAUCGAAUCGCGGAGUAUGUGAAAAGAGGAAGUUCUGUUAAGUAGAGGUUGGAAGAAUUAUAUUAGUUUUUGUUUUCUGAAUGCGGUUCAUCAUUCACUGAUUGAUACAUAAAAUGUGUGCAGUCAGACCACGUGUCUGUACUUUGUCCAGGAGAAUGUCUAAAGCCUAAGUCACAGCAUAUUAAGGGCUGAAAAUGAUCCUGCUUCAGAGUACUUAAAUGUGAACCUCCUAACACUUUCUACUCGAUCUUAAUCAAACGUUUUAGUGCAGGGGUUAGUUUACUAAACGACCGACAAUCUAGAAGACCCUUCAUCAUUAUUAGCGUCUAAUGUUAGCGCCACUUCUCCCGAGUUCAAACAAGACGAGCAUGGGAGGUUGCUCUUGGAUUUGGUCGAAAUCCGUCAGGCCAGGAGGAUUUUGCGGCCACGCUAUGGAAAUCAGGUCCCAGCGCAGGAUGAAGGCGACGACGACGACGAUAUCCAGAGCAACAUUAAGGCUACUACGUCGUAGUUGAGACAGAAGUGAAAUUAGCCAUAGUUGUCGUUGAGACAGAAUUAAAUUUAGCCAUAGUUGUCGUUGAGACAGAACUAAAUAUAGCCAUAGUAGAUCGUGCUUCAAAGCUUAUUUAGCCAUAGUAGAUACAGAUGCUGUAGACGCUGUAGAGACAAUAGAAACAAUGGAUCAACACCCUCACAGCUUCAACAUCAGAGAAAUCCAUAGAACACAGAAGAGACGCAGGGAAGUCGUAGGCCCAAUCCGAAUCGACUCACAUCUUCAUCAGCAGACGCCGACGCUUCUACUGGCGAAGCGAUUCGAAUCCUUACAGAUAGAAAAUCUUACAGGACGAGAUAGACCUCUCUAAUACUAGUUCUGCUGAUUACAGUGACGAUGAGCACGUCCUACGACGUCUUCGAGAUCCUGGGGAGCUCUAUUUGCGAGGCCGAGGAGCCGAACCGGCAUUCAAUCUCAAUCUUUUUCGCAUGUUGUUCUUAUGGCAACAUUUGUUGAGGGGACUCGAAAAAGGAACACUCAUGUUUGGUAUGGUAGCUGUGAAGAGAUAGAAAUAGAAUGAGAUAACCAAGCUGCUGCUGCUUGAACUUACUACCAGAGUUAUGGGGCCCUUUUUAUAAGGGUUCUUCCUAUUGGGGUCUUUCCUUUUGGUGUCCUUCCUAAGCUGGUGCGACAUAUAACAAGUUGCGGUCUGCUCACUGUUUCUUAAAUCCAUGUCUUUUGAAUACCGCUCUAAGAUUUGACGACGACAGUUUCAACAAUUUGCCGAGGCGGGAAUCACAGGCAGAUGAAAGGGAUCCGUUUGUCGGUCUAGGGAGACGUGGGUCUCGGGUCCGCAAUUUAGUACAAAGGGCUUUGCAACGGAACGGGCAUGAUCGUGAGGAUGAUACGCUCAAUCGUGGAGAGGAAGAAGAAGGCCUAGAACAAGAGGAAGCAGCCCCGGAGGAAAUGGGCCCUGCUAUCGAAGAAAAUGAAGAUCAGGACAGUGAAGAUCAGGACAGGGCAGGAGAAGUAGGGGAGGACAAUGCUGUGGUAGAAGAUGAUUUAAGGUCAGCUUGUAUCCAUCUUUCUCGGCAUCUUGGUAUCCUUUUCCCUUGUAUUCUCGUGAAAUACAAGGUACAAGGCGUCAAGAUGAGGGGGCCGAGAUGCAAUCUAGCAGACUCUAAUUGAUGGUCGUGCAGAAGUAGUAAGUGAAGGGGAUCAUGGGGGUGCCGAUGCACGCGAUGCUGCUGCGGUCGGUGACGACGUUUCGGCGGGGCAUGAUCCCCCGUUGAGCCACGAAAGUGUCACUAAUGCCUCGGACUGAAGAGUACUGAAAUAUUCGAAAAGUGGAAAUAAGCGAGUAGCCAACUGAUAUAACACAGUCACUACGGUACUCGUCGUUGAGUAUCUCGGCUUUUCGGAGGAGUAACUUGCUUAUUUCAGUUUAUCGAAUAAUUAUGGAUGGGGCGCAGCAUUAUAGUGGUACUCUCUGGAGAAACACUCUGACGAUGUCAUCUACUAGAAUUUAUACUGAUGAUUACUGAUUGCACAAAUUUGACGAUUUUUUAUCCCGGGAUAAAACGACGCUCAUAAUGAAACAACGUGCAUGAUAUCAAGCAAUUUUUUUUUUUGAAACAUGAUAUUUGUAUACUUGCUUGCGAAAAUAACGUUAAAUGUAGAACAAGUCGAUAGCACCUGUGCUAUUCCUUGUUGCUAUUUACUUUUGUAGUUUUGUUUGCUGUUGCCUUCUUCGUUCUCUUGCUCAGAAACAGAAGUAGGACACUGAGUUAAAGUCAAAGUUCAGAUAGAUAGUUCUUUCUCGUGAAGCUUGUCGACUAAUAUUGUCCAUCGUUCUCUCUCAUAGACGGAGAAGCGUCGUUCGUUUCGUAAAAAUCAUGUAGUCGUCGAAUAUGCGAAUAUGAAGAAGAGAAAAGAGAAUCAAAGCAUAGAGGCGACGCCCGUUCGCCGGUUCGUCAUUGCUGAAAUGGCUCUUGGGAAAGGGACACCUUUGUAAUUUUGCUCUACAUGAGGUUUUGAUCGGUUUUUGUAUUCGUGGAGUUAAAGGAACAUUCUGCUGAUCCGGCGCUUGAAGCGCAGGGCUGAAGCAGGAGCCCAUUUAUAUCUAAAUCUAAAUGGAUGAAAAUUGAUGGUGGACAUACAAAUAACCCAUCAACAAAACAAACACAAAUUUUUGAUUUUUGUUGGUUCUCAACCAAGCACAGCUUCUACUAGCACACAGAUGAUAUCCAGUAUCGGCACGCAGGGAACGACGCAAGCUCCCUCAGCUGUUAAGGCUCCCUGAGCUGUUAGGAGGGCUCCUACGGUAU